AUGCGUGCCCCACCUGUCGAGACGGAUUCGAAAGCAAGACACAGGGCGAGAGUCAGGGCCCGAGAAAUUCUCUGGGCAACAUAUCGGCAAAUCGAAGAUUGCCAAUCUAUCUUCCUCUCACCCACCGACUUGCAGGCUUUCGGCGUUGAGGCAUAUCAAGUAGACAUCAAAGACGAUGGUGUUCUACAAUUUGAGCCUAGUUUCUUCGAUCCCCAUCCGGCGGGUAUCCUUCAAAAAUAUCCAAUCGAUGCUGCCGCAAACGACUAUGAUGUCCGUCGGUUGCCAUGCGUUCCUACGCUCCAAGACGCCCUCGAGACGGUACAAAAGAGCCUCCCUGUCCCGGAAGACCCUCUUAGAGCGGCUCAGAAUUUGCUUGAGGAGAGACUUAAAAAAUACCACUUCUGGGAUGACACUCACUGUAGUCGGAUUGAAAACCAUAUCAGAUACGAGUUCGGGGCAACACGAAAGGGUGGACCCCCAACUUUUGGUCUUGGCGAUCUCCGCGGCUCAUGGGAGGGGAUACGCACAACAUAUGGGGACCCGGUUAUGCUUGAAGCAAUGCCUCUGGAUUGGAAAUCCGCGUUAUUUCUAGAAGCCCAUGACGAAACUUCACCUCUUCCACAUGCUAUUUGCACUAUCUCUGCGGACGUCGAUGCGACACUUGCAGAUCAGAACCUUACUCUCCACGAGAUGAGAGCUAUUAUGAGAAUGAUAAUUAUUAGAGCUCGUGGGCCUCGCCGAAAAUAUCCCAUCUACCCAUUUUUGCUUCUCUCAUUUAUGGGUAAGCAGCAUGGCAGAAUCACUCAAAUUGUCGUUGAAGAAGGGCGAAUUGUGCUCCAGUAUUCCAAACUCUGGAGCUUUGAGGUCGAAGCUACAGCGCCAUUGGAUCUUUUCAUUUGCUACAUGCUCAGUCAGCCCAUCGGGCUCAAGAGGCCUUCUUCCGCUGGCUCCCGCUUGCGUUUAGAUCCCGUUACUGGCAUGCCUUUGGCAUAG